GGUGUCAAAGUUAGCUGGUCCUCGGUCUCCACAUCACUCCAGGCGAUCCCGGGGCGGAGCCGCAUGUAGAGCUCGUAAUUUGGACGCUUUGGAUACUCUCUUGCAGUGACACAGUCGUGCCAUCUUGGAGGGUUGUUUUUUUAGAAACCGAAGUUCACCUUUUUGUGAUCGUUCGCCAUGGGAGCAGAGACCUCAGCGCAGCGGGACGGGAAGAGCCAGGAGGAUGCCUCCGCUUCAACUUCAGCCUCCGCCGGGGAGCUGGGUGCGGAGGUGCACGCGCUCCAGGAGGGAAGCGGCGUCCUUGACAGUAAGCCUUUGGAGAAAAAUGGACAAAUCUCCAGCAUGACCAGUCUGAAUGGACACUCAGAGGACAACACUCUGGCAGAAGUUGGCCAGCCAGAUGCUGUGGCUCAGAAGGAGGAGGCUUCUGACACUGUGGACACCAUCCAGGGUGACGUGGCUCCUCAAGUGAACAGCGAGAAAGGGGAGAAAGAGUCUCCUGAUGCCAAUGACAUCUCUGCUAUUGAGGAGAAAGCAGCGGAGGAGAAACCGGAGGAAGCCAGUGAGGUGGGCUUCAAGAAGAUCUUCCGCUUUGUGGGCUUUAAGUUCACACUGAAGAAGGACAAAAGUGAGGAGAAAGAUCCUGUGAAGCUCUUGACAAUCAAAGAUAAAGGAGAGGAGGAUGAGGUUACUAGGACUGAUGAACCUAUGAAGGAGGAAGAGGCUGCCACUGUUGAGGAGAAAAGCACAACUGAAGAAAAGGAGGCUGAUACAGUGGAAUCUACUGCUGAGAUAGAAGUAUGUCAAGACAAAGACAAAGCUGAAACCACUGAUGCCCCAGCUGAAGUCCCUGCUGCUGAAGCUAUUGAUGAAGCAGUCAAGGAGGAAGGAACGGAGAAGGAAGAAGAGACCACCCUGUCCCCCUUCAGGAAGCUCUUUAGUGGAGGGCUCUUCUCUAACCUGAGAAAGAAAGCCAGCAUCAAAAAGACUAAAGAGGAGGAAGACAAGGAGGCCGCUGUUGAGAAGGAGACAGCUAAGACAGAGGAAACUGCUGCUGUUGUGGAAGGAAAGGUGGAGAAGGAUGAGGUGGAGCAAGAAUCUAAGGAGGAGGCACCAGCAACUCCAGAGGAAGUGAAGCCAGAGACUACCCCAGAGCCAGAGGUCACUGUUGAAACCCCUGCCGCAGGAACUACUGAAGAGACUAAACAAGAAGGGGAAAAGGCUGAACCUAGUGCAGAAGAGAAGGCUCCAGCAGAGGUGACUUCUGAGGCUGAGCUACAGUCAUCACAGGAGAAGGCUAAGCCCCAGGGUAGCCCCCUGAAGAAGCUUUUCGCUGGAGCUGGCUUGAAGAAGCUCUCAACAAAGAAACAAAAGACCAAGAAAGAGACUGAGACAAAACUUACUGAGUCUGGGGAGCAGGUGUCUGAGCAGCUACAAUCCUCCACGGAGUCAGCAGAGGCUCCAAAAACUGACAGUGGGCCCUCAUCUCCCGAGGAGUCAGGAGAGCAUGUUAUUGCUGUGGAGGUAACCCAGAAUGAGUCUAGCCAAGAGACUGAUGGUGAAGUUGCCUCUGAUGGAGAGAAGAAAAAAGAGGGUAUCAUUGCCUGGUCCUCCUUCAAGAAACUAGUAACACCCAAGAAGCGUGUAAAAAGGUCUUCCGAAAGCGAAGAUGAAGCCACAGGUGAGAAACCAGCAAAGUCUGCCACCCUGUCCUCUUCUGAGAGUGCCCCUUUAGCAGAUAAGAGUGUUGAGGAGGAGGAGGAUAAGGAGGAUAAACCAACUGAGGAAGAGCCAAAGACUGAAAACACUGAGAAACUGGUCAGCAGCACUGAGGAGCCCAAAAAGAAAAUGGACACCUCUGUCUCCUGGGAGGCUCUCAUGUGUAUGGGUGGACCCAAAAAGAGGACUAGGAGGACCUCUGAUUCUGACGAUGAGGAAACCAAGGUUGAAGAGGAGUCAACAGCAGCAGUAGAGGGGGAGCAGGAGGGCAAAACUGAGGCUGCCAUUGUCACCUCCCAAACAGAGAGUGAUGGAGAAUUUGUUUCCUCCACUGAACCUUUAGGCACCCCCCCGGAUAAAGAGUCCACCUGGGACACACUGAAACGCAUGGUUAUGCCAAAGAAUAAAGCCAAAAAUGAGGAAAAGCCAGAGGAGACUCCAGAACAAUGCCAGUCAGACAGUGAAGCACCAAAAGAUGAGUCAUCAUUCUCUUUGAGGAAGCUCUUCCCUGGACGCAGAAAGAAGAAGACUGAAAAACAAGCCUCCACUGAACAAGGCUCAGGUGAAGAGGACUCUGACACGCCAGCUGUGGUUCCUCUCUCAGAGUAUGAUGACCAAGUUACAGUUGAACAGGAUGCACCAGCAGAACCGGCUGAAGUCCAAACAAAAGAAUCCGCUGAAGAUAGAUCCCCUUCCUGGAUCCCAGCCACUGUCGAAGACGGUGAUGAUCAACACGAUCAGCUGAGUGACAUUCCAGAAGAGGCUGAGAAUGCUGCCACGCCAAAGUCUGUUGACACUGACAACGCAGAGGAUGAAACGGAAGACAAGGAGAAUAUGUCCCCUAAAGGUACCAAAAGUACAGGGCGUAGACUGUCUACGGCUGAGGUGAAGCCUGUCGCUCCAGCUCCAUCUGCAAAUACCACUCUAGUCCAGGGAACCAAGCCAGAGAGCGCAGAUGAGGUUAUUGAGGGCGUAGAGGCCCAGAUUAGUGAAAUUCCACCCCAGACCAAUGUAACUGUUGAAGAUGUACCAGUUGAGGUAGUUUCUGAGAAAAUUGAGUGUGAACCACCAACUGAGGAGGCAGACUCAAAGACAAUAACUAUCUUGAAGCCACAUGCUCGUGACGAGGCCAUGGCUAUCUGCACUGGCCUAGACACCAAGGAGAUUGCCGAAGUAGCUCUGGAGAAACCUGUAAUGCCCGUUGUAGCAUGUGUGGCUGUGAUCCAUGAUGCUGUAAGCACAGAGGUAUCAGUGGAAGAGAAUACAGCAAGUACAAAGGCCAAUGCUAAAGAAGAUGCCAUGCUCAAUGCCCAAGUGUACCAAGUAGAAACCACCAAGGUUGAGUCUGUUGAAAGUUCACAGGGUGGAUUGGACAUCCAAGCUGCCGAGGAGAACCACGAACCUGAGAUUGUGAAGGCUGGAAUUGUCAAAACUGUUCAGGAGGAGGCAGAAAUCAUCCAGCCUACCACCAUGAGCCAGAACUGUAUUAAUGCUGUUAUAGUCGAUCCCAUUACACCAACAUCUGAACCAGAUGUUUGCACCCAGAGUGUAGAAGUCACUGAGCCAACAAUAGAAACCAAGGAAGUGCAAAUGAAUGUGGAGCAGCUUGCUGCCACUGAAAAAAAUACUGUAAAAGAGGUAGCUCAGUAUGUGACCGAAGAGGUAGCCUCCACCAUAUGUGAAACCACAAAGACCACCAACACAGAGGAUGCUGGGCCAGCCAUCCUUGUUGUACCAAGUGAGGAGGUUUCUGUUAUCACUCAGACAGUUGUCCUUGUGGCCCCAGUCAGUGCGGCAACAUCACCCAUGGCGACCAUGGAAAAUGCAGCACUGUCAGAGUCAGUUGGCAAUAAACCAAUCCAGGUGCAGGAAACCGAGGAGGAGGAGGAGGAGACGACAGUUGAGGAGAGAGUGGAGACCCUUCAAACAGCAAAGUCAGAGAUCAGCUCAGGCAAUGAGCAGUCCAACGAGAAAAUGGAGGAAAUCAAUGAGGAUAUCCAACAGUCCAGUGAAAUUGAGGCUCAGAGCAUAGUCAUUGCCCAGGCUGUCAUUCAGGAUGCCAUGGAUAAAGUUUCAGAAGACACCCCUGAAUCCAAAAAGUCCACCACCCCGACACCAGUCCAGGCUGUGGCAACAACCGAGAAAGAGAUUGAAAUCACAACAGAGGGCCCCGUUAUCACUGAAACCCCUGUUGCUGUCUGUGAAAAAGGCGCACCAAAGUCACCUCAGCUUCUCUGUGUUGCCAUGGAGGUCAUUGACACAAUCCCAGUUGAGGUCACAGAGAGCAUUGAUGUCACUGUAGAGGAGCAGAAACCAGACGAAAAGUUGAAGAAAGCUGUGGAGGUAAAUGUAAGUGAAGAAACUGUCGUAGUGGAAGAAGUGGUCGAGAUAAAGACAGAGAGUCCGAUAGGUGAGGAGCUUGAACAGGUCAAGGAGGAACAGAGCAAAGACGACGCAGAGGUUCAGAAACCAGAUGUAAAAGAAGCAGCCGAGGAAGUGGAACCACAAUCGGAGGAAGCAAAGGCAGAGACCCCUUCAGAAGAGAAGAAAGACAAAGUGCUUGAUAUCCACAUGCCGGUCCAAAUAGUCCUGCAGACGGCGCAGGUAUUUGAGGAACCGUCAGUGGAAGAAGAGGCCGUGGAAGAGUUUGACAGCAGCGGCCUUGUGGCAGAAGGCACCGAGUUAAAAGCUGAGAUUGCUGCAUCUGAACACAAACUCUCAACGCCGUCAGAAGAACACCGAGAGAUGGCUUCAGCAGAGGUUUCCUCUCCCAGCCAAGUCACUGUGGCAGAGACACCGUCGGGAAAGUGCGCAGAAGUGAUGGCGCAGGUGAUCGAAGUGAUCGAGGAGGCUGUGAAGGAGAUUGAGCCUGUGUCUACAGAGAUCACAGCGGCAUCAUGAGCAGCUCAAGAUACGAGACUGAUGCGUGGGAGACGCACUGGUUGGACCAGGAAGUGAUGAGGGAGAGAGAUAUAGAGGCUGCUCUGUGGUAACACACUAAGACUGGGCCCAUCCCGCCCAGAGAGACUGAAUGACCUCCACCUUCCCUUCCACCUGUACUCUAACCCCAUCCUGCAGCCCUGUCACCCCAAUGUGACGUCCCACCGCCAUAUCCUCACCCGUUCACUCGCUCUCAUACACACACACACACACACACACACACACACACACACACACACACACACACAAAAGCAUGUCCUGUGCCUCAGAAGCAUCCCAUCUGGCUUAUAAUCAGUGUGAUAAGAGUCUGCAACCUGGUUGAUUUUGUAUCGGUUCAUAUGUGUGUGCGUGUGUGUUUGUAUGUUUACAGUAGGGAGAGUAAGAUGAUGUCAGAAGGUGAAGAGAUGGAGGAUUAUUAUCUUGUAUAUUGUAUUUAUAUCUUGAGUAAUCUUUUUAUUCCCCCCCCCCUAAGUCUUUAUUUUUUCAUUCUUUAUUUGGACAGUUUUGCCUUGUUUUUUUUAAAAUACCAUUAAGCUGUGACACAUCAGGUAUUCUUUUGAGCAACAUUGUGACGGUAAAUUAAACGGUUGAUUCAGAUAAACAUGUAAAAAGUUUCUAGUAAAAUCUACCAAAACAAAUGUCAGACUGUUACUGCUUAUCACAGCAUUUAAUAGUCCUAUUCAAUGAUUAUUUCAAGACUCUGUAGCAAGUAUAACUACACCAUGGUACAAGUGUGAAUCCACUGACAGUAAGUGAUAACACUGACUGAAGAAAAACAGUAAGACCGCAGAGAGAGGAUGAUAAUAUCUAUCAAAAAUGCUUUUGACACAUUCUCUUGUCACAAUGUGUUCUCACUGCACCCCAACAAAAAUACUUAAUAAGCUCCAUGUAGAUAAGACAAACAAUUGCCUGAUUUACUGUGAAAAAGUCAUUGUUACACAUUGUUUCAUGUAAAAAAAAAAAAAAAACUAAAUAAAAUAAAGUACUAUUGUAACACCAUGUGGUAGAGGUAUUUUGGUAACGGUGACGUGCAAAGUGUGUAAGCAAACUUUUGGCACUGGAAGAGUUGGAGUGGGUAGACACACUACAAAUCAUAAUGUGUCACAGUGUACAAUAGCAAUGAUUCUGAGUUAUUAUGUGACAUAUUUUUAGUAUUAUUUGUGUUGCAAUUUUAAAUUGAACACCUUCCUUACUACAAUAUAUUUAUAUUGCUUGAGGAAAAGAAAUAGUAUGUAAUGCCUAUGUUGACGCCCUCUGUGGCUUACAAAAGUAGUGCACAUUUACCCUUUGUUCUUCACUCACCAUGAUGGCUAAAAUUCAUUAAACUGGUUGACUAUUUAGGUGAAAGGCACAAACUCUGACAUUGUAUCAGAAUUACCUUAAAUCUCAUUUCACUCUUAAUUUAGAAACCAAAUCGAGUUUGGAUCAAUCUCGGAGUUUGGAUUAGUCACGGCCUUUCCAUUGCUCACAAGAUAAGACAUCCGUUGUAUCCAAUUAAAUUACAAAAGCAUCUACUCAGCUGCUUUGAGUUAAGCAUCAAACCUAAAUCACAAGGUCAAGGCUUAUUUUGCAAGUUUGUUGGCAAAGUAGAUGUUUUAUGGUGGAGGAAUAUCUGCAACAUUCCUGGGGUCCAACUUUAGCACCAAAGGAAAACGUGGGUUACACUGGUAUUUGUUCAUGUCCUACCAAAUUUGGCAAAGUUGUACUGUCAAUUAUUCAGACAUCUUGAGAAUGAACUGUGAGUGCUUCUAUAAUCCAUUGAUUUUAAUUUGACUCAAGCAGCUUUAGAGGCUCAUAUUUCACUCAGCUUUAUGACCAAACGAGAGAAAGAUCAGGAAGUACAGACUUUUAGGUCACCACUUCCCUUUACUUUGAUUCAAGAGGGUGUGUCACAUCUAUACUUGCUUUAUGUAAAAAUGAAUGAUAAAAAAAAGACAGGGUGAGCUGAAGACUUUGGCUAUUGUUGCCUAUUGUAAAGCAUUUAGUUGGGGCACCCGCCCACUUCAGUCCUUUCUGCUUUUUGUAACACACUUACUGUGAACCUGUUAACAUUUGUACAGAUUGUAUACCUAAUGUAUGUACUUAAAAUCAUAUUGUUGUAAUACUAACUAAUAACCCGCAGCCAUUUAGCAUAUUCAUGUAGCAUGGCCUUAAUGGUCUUUUAUAUUUUCCAAGCUGUCAAUAGUAAGGAUAUAGAGAAACUUGUCUAUAUUUCAUUCAAUAAAGCUAGAUAAAAUUGAUG